UGAUUUUAGCUGUCAGAGAACAGCUUCACACAGACAGUACAGACACUUCCUUCCUUUUUUACAAAUAUGUCCACCCACAAAUCUGUUCUUUUCCGCUGAUGGAGAAUCUUUUAUCUCCGACCUCUUUUUCUGCAACCACCAACACACUGGAAGAAUCAGAUAGAUCGAGCGUGAAGGAUGUGCAAGGUUUAUGUUCUCUUGAUUUCCCUCUAUCAAGUCUAUGGUGCUGUGCUCUACGCCAGCCUUGGAGAAAACGUGACGUUACAUUGUGAUCAUGACUCUGGAGCCACUAAUCUGUGUUGGUAUAAGCAGGUUGCAGGGGAGCAGCCUCAGAUCAUGUCUUCUUUCUACAAAUCUUCACCCAAAUCCAACAACUUCCACAACCAGUUUAAAGACGACAAGCGAUUUUCGGUUUAUACCCGAGAUGGUUUCUAUCAUCUGAAGAUCUCCAACGUGCAGGACUCAGACUCGGCUAUGUAUUACUGUGGCACAACCACCGUAGCGAUCACUGAAUUUGAAGUAGGAACAUUAUUGGUCUUGAAACAGUCCAGUUGCAGGUCUUUCCUCCAGCAACCAGCAUCAGACUCAGUGGAGUCAGGAGGAUCAGUGACUCUGAACUGCACCGUGCACACCGGAACCAACGACAGCGAACACAGAGUUUACUGGUUCAAAGAAGACACGAUGAACUCCAGUGUGGGAAUCAUGUACAUUCACACGCACAGGAGCAGUGAGUGUUCGACGACUUCAGAGGUUGGGUCUCCAGGACAGAGCUGCGUGUACAGUCUUUCUAAGAACAAAGUGAGCUCAUCCGAUGCUGGGAUGUACUACUGCGCCGUGGCUUCAUGUGGACACAUACUGUUUGGUAAAGGAACAAAACUGGAUGUUGAAGGAGAGCAGUUUAACGCUUCUGCUGUCUUGAGGCACUGGUUGGUUCCAGCUUUGCUUCUGUCUGUUAUCGUGAACAGCAUCCUUUCCUGUAUCCUCUGCAACGUGCGACAAAGAAAUCUUCAGUCCAAAGGGUUACAUCCCCAAAGGAGUGUCCCAGAUACUGCUGACAGUCAGAUUGAAGAACCUGAUGCUCUGCCGUACGUAGCUCUGCACAUGAAGAAAAUGCAAAGCAAGAGGAGACGAGCAAAGAGCAAUUUGGAUGAGACACUUUACUCUGAAGUUAGACUGUGAAACAUUUGAAAUGAUCUCAAGAAAAUCAGGUUAUGGAAGAGGUCUCACCUUGUGCAAUUAUCCUUCAUUUCAGUCCGACAGAGAUUUGUUUCUAAACCUCUUCAACUGCUAACACUGCCACUACUGCAUACAGCUAGUCAGUAAACUUGCAGAGAGCAGUUUACAACUACAACUGUGAGCUUGUGCCUGCAUGCUUAAAAAUAAAAAUAAAAA